UAAUGCUGUGGGUAAAUGGAGAAACAAGAGCUAAUUCUGGAGCCCGUAAUCCUCUUCCUCUCCCAGGGAUGGGGUGCCUGCCAGACACGCAGCUGCUGGCGGGACCCCGGGACAAGCCCCGGGCAGCUCCCCAGGUGUGCUGCAGGCCAGAGCGACUCCCAGACCAUGGGUGAUGUGCAGAAGCGACCCGGCACCCUGCAGGGCUCCCCCAGCACCCUGUACCCCCAGGGGCUGCUCUCCGUCAUCCAGAGGCUGAAGGGUUCCCCGGAGCAGGAGCUCCGCAUUGUCCUGCUGGGGCUGGACAAUGCAGGGAAGACCACGCUGCUGAAACGCCUGGCAUCCGAGGAGGUCAGCACCAUCACCCCCACCCAGGGCUUCAACAUAAAGAGCGUCCACUCACAUGGCUUCAAGCUAAACGUCUGGGAUAUCGGGGGGCAGCGCUCCAUCCGCCCGUACUGGAAGAAGUAUCUGGGCAGCACAGACCUGCUGAUUUAUGUUAUUGACAGCGCAGACCAGAAGCGUUUCGAGGAGACAGGGCAGGAGCUGGCAGAGCUCACCGAGGAUGAGUCCCUCACGGGGGUCCCACUGCUGGUGUUUGCCAACAAGCAGGACCUAGUGACUGCAGCACCUGCAGCUGAAAUUGCAGAAGGGCUGAGCCUCCACACCUACCGGGACCGGGAAUGGCAGAUCCAGGCCUGCUCAGCCUUGUCUGGGGAAGGAGUGCAGGAUGGGAUGAACUGGAUUUCCAGCCAGAUCAUGAACAGGAAGAAGUGAGAGUUGCAAAGUACCAGACAAGACUGAGCUGCAGGUCCCUAAGCCAUGGCCAACCCCCCUGGUCCCUAGACUGCCCCCAAAGGCUCGGCUGAGCCCUGAGCCUCAGACUGCCAUGCUCAGAUGGGCUUCCCACCCAGUCUUUCACUAUCAGUUGGCUUCCCUUCUCCCUGCCUCCUGGGCUUCCACGGGCUACUCAUACCGUCCAACCCUCCUGCAGCCCCCGCGCUGUUGGAGGGAAGCACAUGUCCCACUGUGUCAAGGGCUUGCACGCCUCCAGAACGAGAACCUGCUCAGGACUUGUCCAUCCGCACUGCUGGCACACCCCGCAGAGGCUGCUGCAACGCACACACACUGCCCAGGGCACACUGGGCACCCCACGGUGCCACUGGCUACACCCUCAGACAUGGCACCAACCAAAUGGUGUGUAUUCCUCUCCGCUCCCGUAGGAUGUGACUGGUGCUGCCCCAGCCACAGCAGCUGGCUUCGGAAAGCCUCAGUUCAGUAUCUUUCGCUGGCCAGAGGAGCUCCCACGUGUGCACGGGACCUGGGACAAGCACAAAGACACAGAGAGGACCUGGCUGGGCAGUCACCAAUGGAGGUGUUUCAUUGCCUGCUGACAGCCUUGGUUGCAGCCACGCUGCGUGUGCCACCAGGAGGGGCUGCUCUGCAAGAGCCCCUGGGAAGCGCAUCGUCCUAAACGCACCCGAGCUGGGGCUUCUGUCGCCCCGCCGAAGAUGCCCAUCCCGAGGACUGGAAGAUGCAGCUCCGUGGCUGAGCGCCCGCGCCUCUGGGGACGGGUGGGAGACAAGCCGCAGCGGGGCUGGGAGCCUUGCACUGUGCCAGGCCCUGGGCUGCAGCCCUGCCUGCCCGCAGGUGGCCCUCAAUAAAGCUGCCUGUGACCUCC